AUAAUAUUUCCGACUAAGUAAUAUAAUUAGCAGUAAAUAUAUUGAUAUUUGAUUAACGAUAUUAAAAUAUACUCACAAGGUCAAAUAUUAUGGCAGAUAAUCAAAGUGCUGAGGCUCUUUCGGAAGCAGAAAGGUUGCGAGAAGAAGAAUUGGCUCGUGAACUAGAACACAGUGAUUCCAAUGACGAUGAUUCUCAAGACAUUAUUUCCUUAGAAGCCGAAGAGAAGCUCUUGAAAGACGAACCAGAGUAUACCACAUUGGUAAAUUAUGGAGAGACCACAAACACAGUAAGUGAAGUGACGGAACCAUUGACAGAACCAUAUAUGAUUCAACUAUCCAAUGUAGACGAAUUAGGUGCUAUUUACACGGAAAACUCGGAUAACUUAAGCUCACAGAAUGAUAUCAUAAACGAGGUAACAGAUCAGUAUGAGCAAUAUAUCAAUGACUACACAUUCGACAGUACACAUGUAGACGAAUCUCAAAUGGAUAAUUUAGAUAUAACUGGUGAAAGCUUAACCACAGAUACAUUUGUAUUGCCUACAAUAGGCCAAACACAAAAUGAUACAAUGCAAGGUGAUGAUUAUCAAACUGCAGAAGAAAUUAAUGAAAAGGAACGAGAGAAAAAAAGUAAAAAAGAAUUGGAGGAGGAAGAGAGAGAAAAAAUGCAAGUACUAGUUUCCAACUUUACCGAGGAGCAGCUAGAUAGGUAUGAGAUGUACAGACGUGCCGCCUUCCCCAAGGCUGCAGUCAAGAGACUCAUGCAGACGAUCACUGGAGGCUCAGUGGGACAGAAUGUUGUUAUAGCCAUGUCUGGAAUUGCAAAGGUCUUUGUUGGAGAAGUAGUAGAAGAAGCUUUGGAGGUUCUACAUAAUUCCGGGGAGCCAGGACCACUGCAGCCCAAGCAUCUGAGGGAAGCCCUACGCAGACUGAGAGUGAGAGGAGCUAUACCAACAAGAAAGGCUUACCGCCACUCUUUCCGCUUAUAAAAGAUAUUAU